UCAGGAAAACUAAAAAGCUGUUGAAGUCUCUCCAGUCUUCAGUUGGCGAUGGCGGCAAAGAUUUUAACGUCUCCUUUUGUAGGAAUUGCCGUUUUUGUCAUCUUGCUCGCUCUCUUCGCCUUUUACUAUAAGCCACUCUCAAAACAGAGAUUGUUCACUGUUGAAGAAUUGGCUUUGUACAAUGGGACUGAUCAAAGUUUGCCAAUCUUGUUAGGAAUUCUCGGAUCGGUUUUCGAUGUGACGAAAGGAAAGUCUCAUUACGGUGAGGGUGGGGGUUAUAAUCAUUUUUCUGGAAGAGAUGCUUCACGAGCAUUUGUUUCUGGAAACUUUACAGGAGAUGGGCUCACAGACUCGUUAAGUGGUUUAUCCAGCCAACAGGUGAAGAGUAUUGUUGAAUGGAGGGAUUUCUACUUUAGAACUUACACAUUUGUUGGUAAGCUAGUAGGUCGGUACUAUGAUCCCAAAGGAAAUCCUACGAAAUAUUUGAAGGGAGUUGAAGCAAAGGCUGCCAGAGGUGCACAGCUAUUGAAGAAACAGGAGAUUGAAGAAGCAAAGCAACCUGGUUGCAAUUCAAGGUGGAGUCAGGAUGAGGGCGGAGAGGUUUGGUGUGAUGUGGGUGUCCCACGAUUAGUUCAGAGGCCACUAGAAAUUGCUUUGACUGGGAAAAUGAGCAAGCGAUGUGCGUGCUUUAAAGAGGAUCAACUGAGCCAACCAGGGUUGGAAGUCUACGAAGGAUGUGAUUAUCUUGCCAAGACCUGCCGAGUUUAAACGAGUUUCAUUGCAGAACUUCCAUCUCAGAGUGUUGAGUGAACCCCUUCUACACAGAUGUCAAUUGUCAACCUUUUUUAAAAGGUUGAACAAGGCGGAAUGAACUGAAGCGACGUGAAGAAAGAGACUAUUAAAGCGGCCGAAGUGAUGUCCGUUUCUCUUCUUGCCGUGCAAUGUUGGAUUUAACAUAUUCCUCAAACUGAUUUGGAUGGAUUUUGUGUUUCAUUGUAUUCUGCUUUGUAUUGUAAAUUAUAUACAUUUUAGUUACUUAAAAUAAAGUGAGAUCAUUCAGUAAAUGCUCGAAUGUACAUUUAUUUGGAAAAAAUGGUACUUUUGGGUAAUUUUUCACUCCAUAAGAACCAAAGAAGGCUAUUGUUCAUUACAACGUCCAUUGGAACCCUCCUCCAGAUACUGUACUUUGAACCAUGAGAACGCUGCAUUAGCUCCAGUAAAAGGAACACCUAGCCUUGAAAGCUUGAAGAAAGCCAAGUAGAAAGGCCUUUAUCAGGUUUCAUUUGAAGGAGAUUCAAAUCUAAUUACAUAGUGGGCGCGUUUGGUAGAAUAGACUGGAUUGGAUUUAAGAUUUCAAAUUGGAUUAGACUAGAUUAGAUUGGAUAGGAGAUGCUAACUCCAAACCAAUCUUGCGUUUGUGUGGUAAGAUUGGGAACUGGGUAAGAUUUUUUUUUUUU